UAAACGUUGAUAAGCCCAAUUACCUCCUUCAUAGCAGCACACAUAGCAAAUCACCUUUUUUUUUUAAGCUCACAUUUUUUCCUAACAAACCCUAAACCCUCAAAAAUCUUCAAUGGCGACAGUACCAGUUAAUCCGAAGCCUUUUUUGAACAAUUUGACUGGAAAGCCUGUGAUGGUAAAGCUAAAGUGGGGACUGGAGUACAAAGGGUUUCUGGUCUCCGUGGAUUCAUACAUGAACUUGCAGCUUGCAAAUGCAGAAGAAUUCACUGAUGGAGUAAGCACUGGUUCUCUCGGAGAGAUCCUGAUUAGAUGUAAUAAUGUCCUCUAUCUUCGUGGCGUACCCGAGGAUGAAGAACUGGAAGAUGCUGAUCGCGACUAGAAAGUGUAUUGUAUUAAUAGUGACAUGGUGUUCGGCCAGUUCAACCAGAUUUCUGGUUCAUUGAUCAUGAUUUGGACAUUUGUCUUCUUCAAUGUAUUAUCAAUUAUGUAUUUUCUUAGGUGCUCCUAUCUGAUAAUAUGAUUUAUAGUUUGGGGAAA